UAGUGCGCUUGUCCAUGACAUCCCUUGCUGGCAGACACUAGAACUGAAGAACACAUUCGCUCAGCUCUGUCAGUGUGUAGUGACUUGUACAGCUUUUGUUGGCUCUAGGAUGAUAUGCAAUCGAUGGGAUUGUGCGGUCUGGUAGGGUAGUGCGGAUGUCUAGCCGGUGCUCCAGCGCACGUUGAAAGGCCUGACCGAGGGGGCUGCACCCAGAGGCGAAGCUAGGUUGAGGUAUCAUGGUGUACUGAAACCCGGCUGCUUGCACCAGAGCCGCCGAGCGUACGAGGGCAAGACCAACAUAGGCACCGAAAAGACUCCCCAAAAGGCCAAAACCUCACGGCCGGCUGCCAAGCGAAUCCACGGGUUUGGAACAGCCAUAACCCCGUGCCGCACUGCGGGACAUCAGAAUAUAACCCCACCAGUCAGCGACCAAAUCCUGGGGCGCCACGACGUGCUUGACAGGGCGGCACAUGGGCAUCGGCACUUCUGCUCCAACGCGGCCGCAUCUCCUUUCCCGAUGUGAGUCAUCCAUUCCGCCGCCGUCUGCGCGUUGCCGGCUGCCCUUGCCUUGCCCCUCUCCCACCCCGCGCCGAUCCCGUCUCCCCGCGCCGAAAACCCCCCACCGAAUCGAGCGAAAAUGCCCCGUCACGCUCACCACGAGCCGGCCCCGCCCGCCUGCUGCUGCGGCUGCGGCUGCGCCGCGCCGUGCUAUUACCCCGCUCCCGCGCCGCCCCCGCCCAGCUCCGCCGCGUCCGACCACCUCCUCCACGCCAUCGCGGCCCACCUCCUCCUUAGCUCCCCCGCGCCCACGCCGCCCCCUCAGCCGCAGCCCCAGCCGCCGCCUGCGGCUCCCGCCGCGCACCACGCGCAUCCCUACCCCUACUACUCCCACCACUACGAGUACCAGCAGCAGCAGGCCAAACCCCACGCCUACACCCACCCACCGCCGCCGCCGCAGCUCAACCCGUCUGGGGACCACGGCCACCUCCUGCUCCACUCGCUCCUGCACCGCGUGGCCGCGCUCGAGUCCGCCCUGCCCCGCCCCAUCCCCACCCCUCCUCCGGCGCGGCGGCCGCCCCAUCCAAACCCUCGCCCGCGCCGCGCGGCCCGCUACCAGGAGGAGGAGGAAGAGGAAUCCCCACCCUCGCCUCCGCCGCCGCGGUCGCGGAGCGCGCGCGUGGGGCCCCCCUCCGCGGCGAGGGAGCUCGCGGCUCAGACGAUCCAGGCGCACUUCCGCCGCUUCCUGGCGCGGCGCUCCCGGACGCUGCGCCAGCUCAAGGAGCUCGCCGUGCUCCGGUCCAAUGCCGCGGCGAUCCGGGGUUCUCUCUCUGACCGCCGCGGGGGCGCCGACCCCGCCGCCGUCUCCGAGGUCGCCAUGGGCCUCCUCCACCGGCUCGACGCGAUCGAGGGAGGGGACCCGAUGAUCCGUGAGGGGAAGCGCGCGGUGAGCCGGGACCUCACCCGAAUCUUGGACUUUGUUGACAAGGUGCUAGUCAAAGAGCAUGAGCAAAUGGCGAUGGGUGAUGCAUUGGACACUGAUGAGUACAAUGGUGGUUGCAAUGCUGCCUUCGCGGCAGAUCGCCGGGCUGUGAACAAGAAGAAGGUGAGUUUCUUUGGUAAUGGCCAGGUUCACGAGCUUAACGGAGAGACAGAGAACGGAAAUGAGGCAGAUGAGGGCUCCGAAAGCUCGAGUUCUGCUGAAUCUGAUGAGGUGAAGGGUCUGCAUAGGAAGAGGAGUGUCAAUGGUAAGCCUGGGCUUGCGGCACCGAUGCCCGUGCACAUGAAGUCGAGGAAAGUUGCUGGGGAAAGGAGAUAACUUGUGAUUUGCAUCUUGUAAUGCCUGUCACGUCAGCUUAGAAUCCUGUGGUUUGUUCUACAUUUCCGCUGUUAUUUUCCACUGAUGUUUCAUGAGGAAAAAUUGAACUUCUCAGAUGGUAGAGUUUGCACAGCUGUUAUCUUUAGAACCAAGGAUGUUGUGUGCUCAAAUUAACCUCUCUUAAAUUGCAGUUGUUGUUCCAUUGUACUAUUA